AUGAGCCUCUGGUUGGGAGAUGCCAUGGGCCCCGACCCCCUCAUGGUGCUCCUGGUUGUCAUUCUGCUGGCCCGCUUCCUGCUGUGGUUCUGCCUCGGCACCUUCAUCGACUACAGGCUGGCCCGGCGGUACCCCGCAAAACCCAAAGAGGACUAG